UUCCAGAAAUGAAGGAAUUCUGAGAAAAGGAGACAGAUCUUUCAAAUGGCAUGUGCUUUCCGCCUUCAUCUCAGUACCUUGUUUUGAAAAACAGAAUGACGAAACAGUUUUUUUUUCUGCUGAAGCAGUCACUCUCCUCCUGAUCAUGAGAAGUAUACUGCAAAUUAGAAACAAAAUGGAACUGAAAUUCUGUGCACAUUAAAAGCAAAUGCAUGAGAGGUACGAAAGUGAGUGGGGACAUUAAAGUGCCAAAAGGGAAAACUGUCACUUAAGGGUGUAAGGGAUGGUGCAUUUCUCUCCCAUGCACACCCCUGCAAGUCCCAAACUCCCCAUCUCCACGUGCACCAGCACAGGGAAAUUUAGUAAAGCGUGCUCCACUUAUCCCCAUGCUCCUGCAGGUGCAGCCCCCUCCCUGUGUCAUUUUCCAACCCCCAUGGCUGAGGUCUGCCUCCAGCCCUGCUGGGGGGCUGCAGGGGGAGGCGGGCAGCUACAGCUGAGCCUGGCCCAGGGAGGGGAGGCCUGCAGGACAUGACAGCCCUUAUGCCCAGUCUCCACACAGCAGAGCAUUCCCCACCCCUGCAGUGGGCUCUCCUGCCCCGCCUGUCCCAGUUGCUACAUGCUGGGGUGGAGGUGGCCAUGCGCUAUAUAUAGGGGCCCUGUGGGGAUCUGCUGGUGUGUGCUGGGCUGGUGAGGUGGAGUGCUGGUAAUGGAGGCCGGGGAGGCCACGGUGGCGAAGGCGGCGGUGCGGACCCCAAAGUGCUCCCGCUGCCGUAACCACGGCUUCGUGGUGCCAGUGAAGGGCCACGCCGGGCAGUGCCGCUGGAAGCUGUGCCUCUGCGACAAGUGCUCCCUCAUCACCGAGCGCCAGAAGAUCAUGGCCGCCCAGAAGGCCCUGAGGCAGCAGGUGCCCGACUGUCCGAGCAGGGCGGCCGUGGGCCCUGUUCCCCCGGGGGAAGGCCCCAGGGUGGCUGCAGGAGCGGCCAUUGCCCCAGAGCAGAGCAGCCAUGAGGGGACAAAGGACGGCCAGCCCAUCGGUGGCAGUGACAAAGGCAUGGCACGCAGGGGGCUGCCACCACCUCCUGGUGGCCCUCCCUUCUGGGACUACGCUCACCCUGCUUUUCCACCAGAAUAUAUGGUCAACUCAGAAUACAUGGAGAGAGACCCUCCAAAAGUGUACCCUGGCUGUUCUGGGGUGUAUCCUUACCACCCAUUUCCAAUGGGAUUCGCCAUCAAUCAGCCAAGCUGUAGGGGAACGCCAUCACCUCCAGGGAUAUCACUUCAGAAAGGUUUCCGACACAUUCCUAGCAACUAUGGGCCGGGGAAUGCAGCUUCUGUGUCAAUUCCAGAUGGGGGUGGAGAUUUGCAUCAAGGAUACUACACUCCUCUACCUCAGUUCAUCCCACCAAGUUUUCUGCCAGGGGUUCAUUACAUUCCACCUCCUCUUUCGCUGAACGUGUUGGCUGAAACAACCAAGGAAGCACACGCUACUGCAGCUGACAGCCAGGAUUCAGGGGUGGUUUGUGAAUCUAGCCAGACAUCUUCGUCCCCAGAAGAAGCAAGUGGAGAUCAAUCUGUAUAUUCUAAACAGUAAAUGGCUUGGAGAAAAGCUGAGUGGCAGGCAGCAUUAUUUUCAUUAUUGAGGAGAGUGUUAGUUGAUACGAGGCUAGACUGGCACUCAGUUACUGAGCAGCCACAACAGCUAAAAGAAGGGGAUUAGUCCCCUGCUCACUUUAUGAUCGUGUUAGAGCUACCAGCCUCACAGCUCUGCUCCCUAGGAGCUUCUCAUUCCUCUGCUGUAAAGUUUGUUCAUAAAAAAGGUUUUCCAAAGCCAAGGUAAAUCCCAUCCUCCCUAAGCAGGUGGAAGCAGGAAGGAUUAUGACUUUGAUUUCUGGUUCCUUUGCUGAGGUUAGAUGACUCCUUGAUUUUAGAGUGAGAUCUCCAAGCCAUGUACACUCUGUAGCCUUCUCGUGUUCAUGACGGUAAUGAAAAAUGUGUUGUUUGUAUAUCAAUUUGCUGUAAAGGAAACCUAGUUCUGAAUAUUAUGGAAGAGUUAAGUUAUGUAGAGCCUGAAGACUGAGUGAGAGAAGAUGGGAAGACAGUCUGGGUUGCUGGUUUACCUGGCUGUCUAAGAACCAGAUUCUCUGGAUUUAGCAGGCUAAGGGAGCAACAGGUGCUUGGUACGCUUGUCAAGAGGGGCAUGGGAGGAAUUUACAGAAAGGCCUGAUACAGGCUGAAAUACAGUGCUUCUGCAUUGUUUUCUGGGUGAACUGCCUUUAAGGUGCCUGCCCUUCAGUAUAGAGACUGUCUGAUUUGGAAUCGCCUCUUGUCACACAGGCUUCAGGACUCUGAGUGCCUUUGCUGGUUUAUACCUUAUUUCACUGUUGUGUAACUCAGUGCAGCUGACAAACUGCCAUUUGUUUCUGAAGGACUCAUGUAGACAGCUUUAUGCAUGUGGACUGGAGGUGCACCGUGGCAUAUUAAAGGUGUGAAGAGAUUGCCUCGGAAAGUAGGACAAAACACCAUUUAGAAUAAUAAUUAAAGCCAUACAUAUUCUAAUUUUCAAUAAUACUGUUUAAAUAAAAAUGAAAGGUGCAUUCCUCUACUGCUUUGCCUAAAGGAACUGGUUUUGUAUUAAGUAAAUCAGUUAAUGUUUGAAGAAUUUGGGGGGGGGAGAGGGGCUUUUACGUAAUUAAAAAAGAUACUUUGAAUCAUUGGUUUGGUUUUGAUGAUUUGAGGCUUACAUAUCUACACGUACUUUUUCUAGCUAAAUUUCAGAUGUUGCCUGGCGUAACAAACCUGUUGGAGUGAGAGUUAGGCUUCAGUAUUUUUCUUCUCAAAUUUUUGACUGCUACUCUAAAGGUGAGUGCAGUAAAAUAAACAUUCUUCUUUUCUGCUACUUGUACUAUUAAUCCCUUGCUUGAUGCAAGAUGUAAAAAAAAAUAUCCUAAACUGACAGUUAUUUUUUUAUGUAGUAGAUGAAUGUUUUCCAGCACACAGCCACGGUUUGGGGGGACAGUAAGUAAAAGUGGCAAGUUGAAGACUGCCAAGAGGAGAAACUGAAAAACACAUGUAUGUAUAGCAAAUAAUCUGAUGUACAACUUGUUAUAUGCUAGAUUUACAACAGGAUCUCCACUCCCAGGAGUGUCCCAAACCUCCUCUUAAAACUUCUGUGUGCUAGGGAAAAUCUGAAUCCUUCUUUAAGGUGUUUGAAUGGAGCAAAGCUCUUUUCAAAAACAGUAAUCUAUGAGUAGAAAUACCAUCAGCACCCACAAAGCAGGUUCCUCUGUGGAUGGAGUUGACUGAUUUUUUAAAAUACAGUAUAAUGAUUUAAGGAAAUGGUAAUGUACAGGAUGAACAGUUGAAUAGCCUCCUUCCCAGAUAUUUUUCCAAAGCCAUAUUCAGUGUUGUAUUACAUUCCUUAAAUCUCCAAAGCAAGAUGGAUUCCAGCCCAUUUCACUGACUGUAAAGCACAGUCAUUGCAGAAAUACUUCAUAUACAGUACUGUUUUCUCUCUAUUCUGUGCCAGUCACCACCUCCAGAUUGCUAGGCCAGACUCCUUAUUUAACUUGUCUUCCAAUUUUGAACUGUCUGUCAGUGAACCAAAACUUUGACUUUGGCUUUGAAUCAUGGUAUGACACUCCAAUAGGAUCCCUUUUACUGCAUUGCUGCACACCAGUGUUUGUCUCAGGAGGAAUGUAGCAAUUUAAAGAGCCUGAGAAAGGCAACUAAAGUGAACAAGGAGAAGGAGCAGUUGCCUUACAAGGGAACUUAAAAAGAACUAGAGACUUAUUUUGGAGAGGAGAAUGUUGACGAGGGAUAUGACUGAGUUUUACAACAUCAUAACAGCUGUGGCAAAGUAUAUGCAAAACCAUUACCAAACCUUAUUAUUUCCAUACAUGUGAGGGAAAAGAAGGUGACCUGGGACAUGGGCAAAUUAUGCCUGACCAGCCUGAUUGCUUUCUGUAAUGAAAUGAUGGGCAUCUACCCCAGUCUAAGGCAAAGACGUGAAUAGUUACAAUUGGCUUUCCUAGGGAAUCAAUAGUGGGACAAAUACAGUUUAAAAAGUAUAUCCGUUGCUUGGUUUGGUGUCUGACCAAAAGUUUCAGUUUUUUACCUUUUAAGAAAUUUGUCCCAAAGUUCUUUUGCACCUAUCUCUGUGUGGAAAAGCAAAUUACUUAAAUUGAAUAAAUUUCCCGUUAACAGGUAGGAUUAUCUUAUGUAGAUAUGACAAGUUUUCAUUCUUAAUUUUAUGCUCAGCUUGUCCUUUUUAAGCAAGGAAAAAAAUGUUCCUUUACAACUGGUAUUGUCAUACUGUGCAUUUAAGGACUUCAAAGCAAAUAAUUUUCAUUCCAAACUUAGUGCUAACCAAUGUUUCCAAUAAUUAAACUCUGUGAUCUCUUCUGACUCCAUUUAUUUAAAUAAAUGUG